UUUUGGGGCGCGAUGCCGUCCGCGGAUAAGGAGUCCGAUGUGUCGGAGCGAAUCGAGGCGUUUGUGUUGGGUCUGAAACGCGGGCAACUGCGCGGCUCCGCGGAGGUGGCCAACAGCAGCGCGGGGCUUCUCCGCAAGAUCGUCUCUCAGAGCAGAUGGAGUAACGCAGGUGAAUUACUGGAGCUGAUCCGGAAAGAGGGUGGGAGGAUGGCGGCUGCUCAGCCCUCGGAGACCACGGUGGGAAACAUGGUCCGACGCGUGAUGAAGAUUAUCCGAGAGGAAUACAACCGGCUGCGAGGCCGCAGUGAGGAGAGCGACCAGCAGGAGUCACUGCACCGGCUGCUGACAUCAGGAGGACUGAGUGAGGAUUUUAGUAUGAACUUUCCACCACUCAAAACCAACGUCAUUGAAGCCAUUAACGAACUUCUAACUGAACUUGAGGGGACAACGGAUAACAUUGCGAUGCAGGCCCUUGAGCACAUCCACUCAAACGAGGUGAUCAUGACGUUGGGAAGGUCCUGCACAGUCGAGGCAUUUCUGAAAGAUGCAGCACGGAAACGCAAGUUUCAUGUCAUCGUCGCUGAAUGUGCACCGUUCUGUCAGGGGCACGAGAUGGCUGUCACUCUCUCCAAGGCUGGCAUUGAAACCAGUGUCAUCACUGAUGCUGCCAUCUUUGCUGUCAUGUCACGUGUUAAUAAGGUGAUUAUUGGAACAAAGACGAUCCUAGCUAACGGGGGGUUGCGAGCAGUGAAUGGGGCACACACCCUGGCUCUAGCAGCCAGACACCACUCUACCCCUGUUAUUGUCUGCGCCCCCAUGUUCAAACUCUCCCCACAGUUCCCCGACGAAGAGAACACGUUCCACAAGUUUGUGUCUCCACAGGAGGUUCUGCCAUUCACAGAAGGUGAGAUUCUCUCUAAAGUGAAUGUGCACGCUCCAGUCUUUGAUUAUGUGCCUCCAGAACUAAUUACGCUAUUUAUCUCCAACAUCGGCGGGAACGCCCCGUCCUACAUCUACCGGCUGAUGAGUGAGCUUUACCAUCCCGACGAUCAUGAAAUGUAACCUGUCAUCGACCUGAAACAAUAAACCCCCUGAAAUCGCC